UAUUAUAUGUCUCUGGCUUUGUUCACUUCCUCUGUAUAUCUGUUUUCUGUGGUUGGUUUCAAUGUUCAACGUUCAACCUUGACAUGCAGAGGGCAUGACGAUAACGGGAUGACGAACUGGAGUCAGAACUCCACUCCUUUUACAUCCUCCAUUCCAUGAAGACCGUUCGCGAGCGUUCAAAAGUACGAACGAAAAGGAGGAGCUCUUCAAAUGGCAAAAUCCUUUCAACACACCGCACCCUGUUAACAUUUCCGCACCGAUUUCUGGGCACAAAGUGGAUUCGUGGUAGGGGUUCAGGCCGCAAUGUCAAUCUGAUUACAGCCCAACGCAAUCCGGCCAUGACAUUGCCAAUGCCAGAAUACGCGUCAAAUAACUCCAGCAGUAGAGUCGUAAAGCUAGAAAAUGAUGUUUUGUCAGUCGACACAGGAUCAAAUGGUUUGAUGUCGAAGCCAUUGACCGCGGAACCAAAGCCUAGAUUGCGCAAACAUCCUCCAAUCUGGUCUGUGUCACGACAGGAAGUGUGCGAGACAUUCGACUGGUUUCGUUCUUAUCAAGGAGGUGUUUAUUUCAGCAAAGACGUUGUUAAAGGCUAUCUCCUGGGCGGAUUCUCUUCCAGGCGCGAUGGCUUUUUCCUUGAGGGAAGAUUAAUCAUCUCACACGGGUUAAGUAUUUCCUGAUUAUUGCCAAUACCUUGCUCACACUAUUACUGGCCUGUAGUGGUGGCAAGUCGGAAUCUCUGUCGUCUGUAAAAGGUCAUAUGAAACUACAAGGAGCGGGUAAUCAAACGGCCGGGGACAAGUCUGUUCGAGCCCUUCUAAAUAACUAUGAACGGGGCCUUCCUCUUGUUCUCCUAGUCGACCACAAAUAUACCCACUUUCCGUAUGACCUACGUGGCAGUAAUAUCUCGUAUGCCGUAUUGGGUCUGUACUUUAUAGCUCAUGCUUGGGCGGAACGCGAAAUAGUAGGAGGGAAGAACGUGAUUAGAUACAAGUUCGCCUUCCAUUGGAUUGAUAAUGCUGACCCUUGGUGGUGGGAGAAGGAUAACUCGAUGGAUGUAGCUAUGGCUACAGGAUCGUCCGACGAACUCGUUUAUCCCAGUGAGGAUGGCGGUCUACCCAGAAGGACUCCAGAGAAAGACAGAGUAGAGCCGCUGUCAAAGCGAAGGCCGUCUCGGGACACGAGUUUAUAUUCUUCUUGCCGACAAUGUGGCAUUGACAGUCCACAAGUUUUCGCGAUCGGCUGGACCUGUCUCAACGCAACAUGUGUAGCAUUUUGGACUCAUGCAGGCACUUCGCCACCUGAGGAAUGCGUAUACAACACCCAGUUUCUACAAUUACUUCCUUUCCCGAAUAAUCUCAGAGAAGAGUUGAAGGAUAUACGACCUUCCGAGCCAAUGACGGCGCCUCGAGAUGGUAUUACGACGAUAAAGUCAUUUACGCGAGGAUUCCAUUGCCAGAAUUGCGGAAGACUCUCCUGUCGCUUCAAGUGGCAACAAUGGGAGUGUUCAAAUUGCGGUCAAACUCUUCAGGUUCAAGGGAAAAUGAGGCCCGCAAAUGAAUUGAGGAACAUACACAGUGGCAUAGCGCUCAAAGAGUAUGUUAACCCCUUCUCCGGCAUCAGACGCCUCCCGCGCAGGACCUUUAGCGACAAGAACAUCUCCGGCGAAAUUGAUACAUUUGAGCUACCUGAUGGAAGUGGUAACAUAUACCAUGUAAAGACACCUGCUAUGCGACUAGCACCGUUGGAUGAGAUAUUCCUCGAAUAUCAAAAACAAGCUGACAGAGGCGAACUUUUAUUCCGCCGAUGGCCACUACGAAGUGUGCGUUAAUUUGAUUGUUCUUGCAACACUAAAAUCCUAUUUGAUUGUGUAGCAUAAGUUGCAAGGAGAAUUGCUUACUCACUACUUUUCGCACAAUUGCGGAGAACCAUACCACGUAAGGUUUUCGACAGCUUUAUGGUCUGACAUGAUCUUUCAUAUAUCACUACAGUAUGUGGGAGGAGCUGCGAACAC